UCGGGGAGUGUACAUGUCACAGAGUCUGCAUUUUCUUGAAUCUUUGUGUUGAUGCCAUGCAUGGUUCAGCUUUACUUUCUGCAAUGGAUGUUUGGUGGUUGAGGCUUAUUCUUCUUCCUACUACUCUUGCUCUCUUCUUCCUUUCUCCUCAGCAUUGUUCUUCCCAAAAAGUUCCAAACUAUACAUUUAUGCGAAGUGCAACAACAGCAUCAAACAUCUCAUACUAUGAUUACAUUGUAAUCGGCGGAGGCACCGCCGGAUGCCCCUUGGCAGCGACAUUGUCUCAAAAUUACAGAGUGUUGCUUCUAGAACGAGGCGGAUCGCCCUAUGGCAACCCGAACAUCACCAACUUGGCCGCCUUUGGCGCCGCCCUCUCCGACACUUCCCCCACCUCUCCCGCUCAGCGCUUCAUCUCCGAAGAUGGCGUCAUCAAUUCAAGAGCUCGCGUUCUUGGUGGCGGAAGUUGUUUGAAUGCCGGCUUCUAUACUCGUGCUGGACCCAACUAUAUAAGGGAAGCGGGAUGGGAUGGAAGGGCAGUGAAUGAAGCAUACAGAUGGGUUGAGAAAAAGGUAGCAUUUGAGCCAAAGGUUCAGCAAUGGCAAUCAGCGGUGAGGGAUGGACUGUUGGAGGUAGGUGUGGUCCCCAACAAUGGCUUCACUUACGACCAUAUUUAUGGGACUAAGGUUGGUGGCACCAUUUUUGACCAAAAUGGAUACAGGCACACUUCUGCUGAUCUUUUGCAGUAUGCAAACCCUUCACGAAUCACUGUCCUCUUGCAUGCUAGCGUUCAUAGGAUCUUGUUUCGUACUAAAGGUGGGUCAAGGCCGAAGGCCCAAGGAGUAGUGUUCAGAGACGCAUUGGGGCGCAAACACAGGGCAUUCCUUAGGAGAGGGCCCAGGAACGAGAUAAUUGUAUCAGCCGGUGCACUUGGAAGCCCACAGCUUCUUAUGCUAAGUGGAAUUGGGCCUGAAAGGCAACUUCGGGCCCACAACAUAAAUGUAACGUUGGACCAGCCAUUGGUAGGACAAGGAAUGUCCGAUAACCCGAUGAAUGCCGUCUUCAUCCCUUCUCCGGUGCCCGUUGAGGUAUCCCUCAUUGAGGUCGUCGGCAUCACCAAAUUCGGCACCUACAUUGAAGCUGCCAGCGGAGAAAACUUUGCUGGCGGCACCUCACCCAGAGAUUUCGGAAUGUUCUCCUCCAAGAUUGGUCAAUUUUCCACGGUGCCUCCAAAGCAAAGAAGCCCCGAAGCACUAAAAAAAGCAAUAGAAAUGAUGGACACACUAGACCACGCAGCAUUCAGGGGAGGAUUCAUCCUGGAAAAAAUCAUGGGUCCAAUCUCAACAGGCCACAUGGAGUUGAGAACCCUAAACCCCAACGACAACCCUUCGGUUACCUUCAACUACUUCAAAGAACCGCGCGACCUGCAGCGCUGCGUUCAAGGAUUAAGAACCAUCGAGAAGGUCAUCGACUCGAAGCCCUUCGCCCCCUUUCGCUACGUCAACAUGCCGGUCCCCGUGCUCCUCAACAUGACCGCCAACUCCCCCGUCAACCUCCUGCCUCGCCAUUCGAACUCUUCGCUGUCGUUGGAGCAGUUCUGCCGGGACACCGUCAUGACCAUUUGGCAUUACCAUGGUGGCUGCCAGGUUGGCAGGGUUGUUGAUAGCGACUAUAAGGUUCUUGGUGUCGAUGCAUUAAGGGUUAUUGAUGGUUCAACUUUUAACUAUUCUCCUGGAACUAAUCCUCAGGCCACCGUCAUGAUGCUUGGCAGGUACAUGGGAGUUAAAAUGUUGAAAGAGAGGCUUGCUUUUGAUGCUGAUGGAAUGGGGAGAGUGUAAUUUAUAAUAAAGUCGGGUAGAAUGUAUUUUUUGUUUCCUUCAUAUAAGUGGUUCAGCAAAAGGUGCCACUUACACCUACUGAGUGCACAAAGAUGUAAAAACAAUUCUUGUGAGAAUAUCAGAUCAAUUUAUAAAGUUUGUGAGUGACACGAGAAAAACAAGAAAUUGAACAAUAUCAUCAUGGUCAUACCGCUUUCAAAUAAUCCAAUAGAAGGAA